ACGAAAGGAAGGCAGAUAACUUCUAUGUACAUUCCUUUUACUAGUAACAACUUUAUUUGGUGUAGAAUAAUCUGUCUGGUGAAUCACUUUUACCUUUUCCUUCCAUUAGAGAUCAACGCCAACCUGUCAUUAAGUGAACUAACUAAUAUAUAACCAUAUAACUUGGAUGUUUUUUGUAUUGUGCAUUGACACACUUAUUUGUGGUCAGGGAGGGAAUUCCUUAAAAUUGGGGAGGAUAUGUCCAUGUGGGGAGGAGAUUACUUCACUACUUCUGCACGAAGAAUGGGUCUGUCAGGGCCACGGAAUGGCAGAACCUACAUCAUGUACCAUGGCACCUCUUGGUGGGCUGCACAGAAAAUCAUGGCCAAAGGUUUUUUUCAAUCCAAGUGUGGCAUGUUGGGGCAGGGUGUGUAUCUAAGCCGGGACCUGGAGAAGGCUAGUAGAUACCCCCUGGACCUCACUGAACACCAGAAGGUUGUCAUCAAAGUUAAAGUCAAUGUGGGCAAGGUGAAAAAAGUAGACCGCCAAGGCCACCCUUUGAAGAAGACGUGGCAUGACGAAGGUUACGACUCAGCCUGGGUUCCUCCUAACUGUGGCAUGGUGAAGAGUGGUUUAGAAGAGAACUGUGUCUGGGACCCAAACCGCAUUACUGUUUUAGACACUAUCAAAUCAAAAACAGAACCCACCUUGCAAAGUGAGGACACUGAUGAGGAAGAGGAUGAAGAGGACACUGAGGAGGAGGAAGAGGGGGUGGAAGGAGAGGAGGAGAAUUAUGAGGAAGAGGGGGUUAAUGAAGAGGAGCAGGGGGAUUAUGAGGAAGAGGGGGUUGAUGAAGAGGAGGAGGAGGAGGAUUAUGAGAAAGAAGGGUUGGAGGGAGAGGAGGAGGAUUAUGAGGAAGAGGGGGUUGAUGAAGAGGAGGAGGAGGAAGCAGAUGGGGACACUGAGGAGGAGGAGGAUGAGGAGGAAGCGGAUGGGGACACUGAGGAGGAGGAGGAGAGAGAGGGAGAGAAGGAGGAGGAAGCGGAUGGGGACACUGAGGAGGAGGAGGAGGGAGAGGAAGAGGAGGAAGCAGAUGGGGCGACUGAGCAGGAGGAGGAGGGGGACACUGAGGAGGAUUAUGAAGAAGAGGAGAUGGAGGGAGAGGAGGAUUAUGAGGAAGAGGAGGAGGACUCAUGGUGAAGAUAAGCAGGCUAUUCUAUGAACUCAGUGGUGUUUUUAAUACAUCUACUCUCUCGCUCUCAGGCUGAGGGACAGAAGUCACCAUCAUUGUAAAAUGUCAGCUAAUUUGUUAUUUUGAGAAAGUAAUUUCUGUAGAUUACUUACAUAAAUGUGAUUCAUUUGCAUUUGUCCCACAGGUGUGAGACAUGAUAAUGGUCAUGAUUAGGGACAUGAGUUUUUCCCGACCACAAUGGCCUGAGGAAAAACUCCAGGCUCUGGGUAUGAUAGCCAGAUUUAGGCACCCAAUGUUGUUCCUGGUCAGGCACAUCCUACUUGAUAUACGUUGAAAGAAGACUGCAAGUGCUUCACAUGUACUGUAUAGCCAGAGGAUAGUUAACAUGUUUUUGCACUUGCUGACCUUUGGUGGUAAAGCUCUGACCAUGCUGACAUCAGACAUCAAUCUAACAACCAUAAAAAUAUGGCUGAAAACACAGCUAAGCCUGUCGACUAUCUACGUAUUCAGACAUUAUACAGUGUGUUACAAUCUAGACAGACAUACAACCAUAACACAACACUAAACAUUAUUCAACCCUUCUCCAUCCUUGCACAGUGGGGGAGCUGUAUAACAGGCACACAGACACACGCACACACGCACACGCACACACAAACGGCAGCAACAUGUCCAGCCCUAGUCUGUUAAUCUGUGUGGUCAUCCUCUGGGGACAGGGCUGACAGCGAUUUCCUCAGUGUGCUGUGUGUGUGUGUGUGUGUGUAUGUGUGUGUGUGUAUGUGUGUGUGUGUGUGUGUAUAUAUGUUACCCAAUGUGUGUGUGUCUACUAGCUCACCCACCACCACCGCACACAGGCAGCCGGUCACCACACGGCCAGGCCAAAGCCCCUUGUAUACCUCCCCCUGGCUGGCUAACAGUCUGUCUCCCCUCCACACCCAACUCACCCAUCUCCCCUGCCUGUCUUCCUCACCUGUUAAGACUGUCGCCACACAGGAACACACACACACACACACACACACACACACACACACACACACACACACACACACACACACACACACACACACACACACACACACACACACACACACACACACACACACAGUCUUGAAGAAGGCUAUUUGAAGUAAUGGAGCAUGUCAAUGGAAGAAAAUGUCGGAUUAAAUAUUUAUUUGAAGUAUUGCAGAUCACAUUCAAAGCAGAGGUACAAAAUAAGUGGAUUUGCUACAGCUGACCGAUUUGUCAUGAUUGUAUUUUAUUUAGCUUUGUGUUAUUAUAUGAAAAUGUGUUUACAUAUUGAAUCAACAAGAGCGGCUCAGUCAA